AUGUGGGGUCGCUUCCUGGCCCCGGAGGCCGGCGGCCGGGACAGCCCCGGCGAAGCCCGCAGCUUCCCAGCGGGCCCAGAUUAUUCUUCAUCAGCAUGGUUACCUGGUAAUGAAUCAUUGUGGCAGGCCACAACUGUUCCAUCUAAUCAGCGAAAUAGCCAUAUCAGGAGACAUAGUAUAGCUUCUGACAGUGGUGAUACUGGAAUUGGAACUUCCUGUUCUGACAGCGUGGAAGAUCAUUCAACUUCAAGUGGCACAUUAUCUUUUAAGCCUAGUCGGUCAUUGGUUACUCUUCCUACUGCCCAUGUCAUGCCGUCCAACUCCAGUGCUUCAGUUUCCAAACAUAGGGAAUCACUGACAGCAGAUGGCUCAAAAUGGAGUAUAAGCCUCAUGCAAGCAUUGGGAAAUCAUAGUAGGGGGGAGCAGGACUCUUCACUGGACAUGAAGGACUCCCGGCCCCUCCGGAAAUGGUCAUCUUUAUCCAAACUCACCGUCCCAGAGAACUGUAGUCAGGGUGGUGUGGUGUGCACAGAAGCAUCAAGGAGAGGUUUGGAAAAGACAGGGAGAGAGAAGGCAUUAGCAGCACAGCUGAGGACCACUGGACCUAGCUGUUUACACGACAGCAUGGAGAUGCUUAAGCUAGAGGAUAAGGAGAUAAACAAAAAACGACCGUCAACUCUGGACAGCAAAUAUAAAUUUGAGAGCUGUAGCAAAGAAGACUUUAGAGCUUCUUCCUCCACUCUUAGGAGACAGGCCUUAGACAUGACAUACAGUGCCUUACCUGAAAGCAAGCCUAUUCUGACAAGCUCAGAGGCUUUUGAAUCUCCGAAAUAUUUAAUGCUUGGUCAGCAGGCGGUAGGCGGCGUUCCCAUCCAGCCUUCUGUGAGGACGCAGAUGUGGCUGACGGAGCAGCUGCGGACAAACCCCUUGGAAGGUAGAACCACAGAGGACUCUUACAGUCUAGCUCCUUGGCAGCAGCAGCAGACAGACGAGUUUCGGCAAGAAAGGGAAACACCGGUGCAGGUUUUGUCUGGAUCAUCUCGUCAAAGUUAUUCACCUCCUGGCUAUCAAGAUUUCAGUAAGUGGGAAUCAGUGCUGAAAAUAAAAGAAGGACUACUAAGGCAGAAAGAGAUUGUAAUUGAUCGGCAGAAGCAACAGAUCACCCACCUGCAUGAAAGAAUAAGGGAUAAUGAGUUACGAGCACAGCAUGCCAUGCUAGGACAUUAUGUGAAUUGUGAGGAUUCUUACGGGGCUGGUUUGCAGCCACAAUAUGAGAACACCUCCCUCCAGACUCCAUUUUCAGACCAGUCAGCAUCCCAUUCCCAGCACGAGGAACUUGAGCAAAAGCUUGCAUCUACUGAGAAAGAAGUUUUACAGCUCAAUCAGUUUCUCAAACAAAGAAUAAGCCAAUUUAGUGAUGAGAAGAAGAAACUGGAGGAAAAGCUUAAAACCAGAGAUAGAUACAUCAGUAGCUUGAAAAAGAAAUGCCAGAAGGAGUCUGAACAGAAUAAAGAAAAGCAGAGAAGAAUUGAGACCUUGGAAAAGUAUCUGGCUGAUCUUCCAACUCUUGAUGAUGUGCAGAGUCAGAGUCUACAGCUUCAAGUUCUAGAAGAAAAAAAUAAGAAUUUGCAAGAGACUUUGAUAGAUGUGGAAAAAAAGCUUGAAGAGUUCAAAAAACAGUAUCAAGAAAAAGAGGCACAGCUCAUAUGCCAGAAAAAGAAAGAAAAGGAGUUGGUAACUACAGUUCAAAGUUUGCAGCAAAAAGUAGAAAGAUGCCUUGAAGAUGGAAUUCGCCUUCCCAUGUUAGAUGCAAAACAGCUUCAGAAUGAAAAUGAUAACUUGAGAGAACAAAAUGAGAAUGCCAAUAAGAUAAUAGAUAGCCAACAAGAUGAGAUUAAUAGGAUGAUUUUGGAAAUUCAGUCUAUGCAAGGGAAACUUUCUAAAGAAAAAUUGACUACUCAAAAGAUGAUGGAAGAGCUGGAGAAGAAAGAAAGAAACCUUCAGAGAUUAAGAACAUUGCUUGAUAACCAAAGACAAACAGAAGAGACCUGCUCUUUAUUGGAUCAGGGCCAGGAAGCAGAACAGUCCAGGCAGCAGACCAUCCUUUCCAAAAGGCCACUCUUUGAUUUGAGUGUGAUUGAUCAGCUGUUCAAGGAAAUGUCCUAUUGUUUGCUUGACUUGAAGGCAUUGUGUAGUAUUCUUAAUCAGCGUGCUCAGGGCAAGGAGCCUAAUCUUUCUUUAUUACUGGGAAUCAGAUCAAUGAACUGUUCAGCUGAGGAAACUGAGAAUGACCACAGCCCAGAAACACUCACUAAAAAGCUGUCAGAUGUAUGCCAGUUACGGAGGGACAUAGAUGAAUUGCGGACCACAAUAUCAGACCGCUAUGCUCAGGACAUGGGAGACAACUGUGUCACCCAGUGA